AUGUCACUCCCCUCUGCCUCAGUCGUCCCAGAAGUUCUGCCUGGCAAUCCAAAGGACCACACGAUCACAAUAUCGGUGCUCCAUGGCCCACUUCGUCUCUUCAAAGACAAGGCAGCACGCAAGCGCGCCACUGAAAAGGGACGUCCAACAAAGGUAUAUCGACCGUCGCACGAGCGUAACGAGACUCUGGCCAGCAACGUGUCCCGAUUCAAGCAUCAGGUGCAUAUCGAGAACAAGAAACUCAAGCUCAAGAAGCGCAACGCCUUCCAGUCUCGGGGAACUCUCAAGCCUAACUUAGACUUUACGACUGAACGUUUCGCAAGACACUUGAACGGGCGGAAGAAAACCAAGCCGACUCCGUUCAUCUCUACAACAAGUGUGCUCAAGGAUGCUGAGAAGAAAGUCCGACACCAACGUGACCACAGCACGAAGGCUCCCCGCUGUACAGUCAUUACCGGUAUCGACAUCUCAGAUAUAGUCGCAGCAACUUUGACGGCUGACAUGUCAACAACUAUCACUUCGCACGACCCCGAGCAUGUUGAUACGCAGUCAACCGAAACUAAAGUUUACCGCGGCGUCAAAAUCCCGAUUUGGGUUCUCGACAAGACCCCUUACACAGGUCGCGCACGCGAUCGACCGGAUUGCGUGGUCGACGACGUACUGGAAGCUGGCGGUAUGUUCUGGUUCUCGGUAAACGAGCUCAAAGACUCCAUGUUGCAUGUAUGGGUUUCACCGUCGCACCUGAACGAAUGGUUGGCUGUCAGCAGCAUUUCAAAGUCACUCGUCACCGAGACUAUGCCUUACGACGGCGCCGUUCUGCACACCACCAAGACAGGCACGGUCAUUCGAGCUCGCGGAUCGCCUGAACCGUACUACUGGAACUGGGACACCAAGCGUUGGGACCACAACCCUGAUUUGACCAACUAUCGCCCAUAUCGCCUCGAAAUGGCUGGCGAUAAGCGAGUCCGAAGCCAUGAACAUACGGACGCCAUCAUUGCAGGUCUUAUCAUGGCACGUCUGAAGCGUGCUAGAGGUCCUGGCCCCGAGGCCGACUCUGACGACGAGGCUGAGCCUGACACCGAUGCUUGGCCCAACUCUGACGACGAGGCCCCUCCCACAUCCGAUAGCGACUGA